AUGCCCGGCGUCGAGGGCGUCGCCACGCGACGCUCGGCGCUCAUCGGAUUCGCGAGUGGUUUCGUGGUCCAGAGACGCGCGUGGGCGAGUCCGUCGUUCGACGCGUACGCCGGGAAGGCGUCGAAUCGAAUCAGAUUCGAGCGACCGAAAGAGUGGACCACCGCGGUCGAUCGCGUCUACGACGCCGAUGCGAGCGUGUCGUACGGUGGAAACACGAUAUCAUUGAUCGGUAACUUUAAAUCCGUCGAUACGAUCGCGGUGAGGGUCGAACGGGCGUCACGAACGGCGGUGGAGGCGGGGAAGAGAGGCGACGCGACGGGCGUCGCCGAGGCGUUGACGGCGGCGGAACGCGACGCGGUGGCAAACGGAGGUUUAGUUGGCGUCAUCGGUGGCGUCGAGGGCGGGCAGACGGGAACUAUUGGGUUUGAUUUGGAUCCCACGGUGACGAUGCGGGAGGAUGGUGUAAGUGGUCGACGGUAUUUCACGUACGCGUACGAGACCAAGGUGUGUCGCGGGAGCAUCGACGAGGAAGGCUUGGGGGGCACGCGGACGUGCGUGGGACCGAAGGGUGACGUGUUACCUAUCAUUGAGCGUAAAAACGCGUGCGUGGUGACGUUCGUGGGCGAUCGCGUGGUGAAGUUACACGCGUCGGCAGUGACGUCGCGGUUCAACGAGCCAGAGGUGCAAGAGAUAAUGAAUCGCGCGGUGGAGACGUUUACGCUCGAUGUCGUUUGA